UGCAGUUCCGACACCGGGAUUUCUUCAUUCACAAGAGGAUGAAUUACAGUAACACAUACUGGCCAUUUUUUCCUCUUUUCAUUUGAACAAGGAGGGAGAGACUGGUGGAUGAGCUUUGUGGGUCAGGGAGGCAGAGUCCAAAGCUGAGUGAGUAACAGUGAUCUACCUUUACUGCGGCCCUGGAAGAGGAUAAGAGUCUGAGUCCGCAACCAUGUCUAGAAAGGAGCUGAGAACACGCUGCAGCAUUGAAAGUGAUGACAGCAUUAACCAGGAUCACCACAGAAGGAUAUCAACGUCCUCACAGAGUGACAGCAUUUCCUUGUACUCAACGACGUCUGUGACAUCAGAGGAUGGUGUGAUAGACUGGGCUCCCCAAGGUGCCCCUGUCAUUAAGGAGGGCUGGCUGGACAAGACUCCUCCUAAAGGGGCUCUGAGGUACCAAAAGCGCUGGGUGACACUGGAUGUAGAAUACCUGAAAUAUUUCCAAAAUGAAAAGGUGAGGUACUCAAAGAAGAUUAUACCUGUGACCUCCAUCACUAAUAUUGUCAGCACUGGUGACCAGAAAUUUGAGGUGGUGACUCGAAAUCGGACGUUUGUGUUCCGUGCUGCAAGCCACUUGGAGAGGAAUGAAUGGGUAUCAGCACUGCAGGAGACACGUGGCCAUCAUAGUACUGGGGACACAACCUCCCAUCCUUCUAUCCACAUGCAAGGCUACUUGGAACUUCGUGGGAUUCCCAAGCUGUAUGUGGUUGUUGAUGGGAGCAAGGUCUUCCUCUACAGCAAUGAAGAGGAAUUCAAGACAGGUGUUGGCAUCACUUCUAUUGAGAUGAACCUCGGAAAUGUGAAGGACAUGGAUCGACGGGCAUUUGACCUCAUCACACCUUACAGAACAUUCCACUUUGUAGCAGAGACAGACCAGCUGAAGGAGAGGUGGAUGGCAGCUAUGAGAAGCUGCAUCACGGACUCCCUGUCCAGUAAUGAUGUGGCCAUGAGAAUAUGGUCUGAGGAAUCCAACAAGUCCUGCGCUGAUUGCGGUGCAGAUGAACCUAAAUGGGCUGCCAUUAACCUGUGUGUAGUGCUCUGUCAGCUUUGUGCAGCGGCACACAGAGGACUUGGCUCCAGCAUCUCAAAAAUACGAAGUCUGAAUAUGGACAAAAGGGUGUGGACUGAUGAGCUAAUUCAGCUGUUCCUGUCAGUUGGUAAUAAAAGGGCAAACCUGUUCUGGGCAUUAAACGUGCCCCCGGGUGCGUCUCUGUCUCCAUCCAGCAGCAACGAGGAACGACAGCAGUUUGUCUCUGCCAAAUACCUAGAAGGAAGGUACCGUUGCUACCACCAUCUCUUUGGCCACCAGGAGGCACUCAAUGAUGCUCUGUGUGCUAAUCUCAAGACAGAUGAUGUUCUGGAAACUCUCUCAUUGGUGUUCUGUGGAGCUGAUGUGAACUGUGAGACAGGUUUCGCGGAAUUCCCCAGACCCAUUUCCCUGGCCUGCCAUUACAACCAGCCACUGCAGGUGGUGUUCCUCUAUCACAACCAGAACACAGAUGUUCCAAGUCCAGAGGGCAUAUGUAACAGAGCACCCCUCCUCACUCUACCCACUCUCAAGCACAGUGGUUAUUUGGUCAAGACUGCCUCCAUGGAACGACCAAUCACAAUGCAGAAGGCCAGAGAGGACUUCACUCAGCGCUGGUGCUCUCUGGAUGAAGAGAAGUUCAGCUACUAUGAGAAUGACAGGAGCUCAAAACCAAAGGGAGAGCUUAAGGCAAAAGACAUUACAUGCUUGGCUGUUAAUCCUCCAGGGAAACAUGGCUAUCCGCACACAUUUGAGAUGUAUGUCACCUCUGGGCGACUCUACCUGUUUGGAGCAGAUGACCGCCAGAAAGUGAGGGAAUGGAAUGAAUCCAUAGUCAAGGCCUUCAUCCCAUCCAGUGCAGAGGACCUAAUGGGCAUGGACUUUGAGCGAAUUGGAAGGCUGCGUUACAGGUUGAACCUGCAGAGCCCCAGGUUGGGUUGGUUUGCCUUGGUGGGCUCUAUGCUACACGGCCGCUUCCAGGGUGGGAACAGAGUGGAUAUCGACCUGCACAGGCUGCAGGAUCUCUCAACCCAUCAGGAGAAUUUAGUGCUUGUAUUGGUGGAGAGAGGCAGGACUCUGCACAUUGAGAGUGAGCAGAAGAUAGACUUCCUGGGUUGGUCUGCGGCUAUUCGACAAUCCGCACAGAACACGGGCAACACCCUGAGCCAGCAGCAGCUGACCUGUUUGGACGUCCCUGUCAUCGUGGACCGCUGCAUUAAAUUCAUCACACAGUACGGGCUGAUGUCUGAGGGGUUGUACCGUAAGAAUGGUGUGAAUUCAAAGAUUUCUGCCCUGCUGGAAGAGUUCCGGCGGGAUGCACGCGAGGUUAGGCUCCAGGAGGAGGAGCAUGGGGUGGACAAUGUUUCAGGUGUGCUGAAGAGGUUCUUUAGAGAAAUGGAGGAUUGUGUCUUCACUAGCGAGGCAUUGCUGCACUGGCUAAGUACUACUGCUGUCAGAGAUGAGAGCCAGAAGAUUUCACAGUACCAGACUCUGUUCAGAAGCCUGCCACCAGUCAACAAGGCCACCCUAGAGGCCCUCAUCAACCAUCUCUAUUGCGUCCAGCACUUUGAGGACAUGAACCAAAUGAACCAGCACAACCUGGCAGUUGUCUUCGGCCCCAGUCUCUUCCAGACAGAUGGCAGGGACUGCAGGGCCAGUAUAGUCAUCGAAGAGCUCAUUGGGCAUUAUGUAGCCAUCUUUGAUGUGAAAGAGGAGCAGCUGCACACACAGCUGGACCUGCUCAGGCGCUUCAGAGAGAUGCAAGAUUCCUGUGUUCUGGAGCCAAAACCCCUCCCCCCUUCGCACAUCAUCUGCACAGUUAUUCUGGAGGAAAAUCGAAAACAGGCAGAGUACCACAUCCAGAUUUCAGAUGCCAUGACUGCUGCUGAGCUUGUGCGCGAGUUGUUGGAUCUGUGCAAAAUCUCUGUGCGGGAGAAUGAGUACUGGAGCUGUUUUGAGGUGAAUGAAAAGGAAGAGACAGAGCGGUCACUGCACUACCAGGAGAGAGUGUUAUCUGUCUUCCUGUGCCUGGGCAUGGACAGCAAUGUGCUGGUUAAGAAGCAUCCAUCUAUGAAGGCAAUGCUGGACUACUUGGUCAAUGAAGAGAACAUAUCCAAAUGUGGGGUUAUGAAGUUUCGGGAUGACCGGAGUCUGCUAGGACGGGGAAAUUUUCAUGACCGCUUCAUGGUCCUUAAUGGCACCUCUCUCAGGCUCUUCAAGGAAGUGCAGAGCAAUCGGGUAGAGAAGGAGUGGCCAGUCAAGUCCCUCCAGGUCUAUCAAGGCAUCAAGUCCAGGCUGCGACCGCCUACUAGUUGGAGGAUGACUGUGGUAUAUGAAGAUGAUAAACACGAGAAUCAGCAAUGUUACAUGUGCUGUGAGACGCAGAUAGACAUGAUUCAGUGGCUAGCCACUUUCCUGUGCAUUAAGCAUGAGGGCAACUUGUGGCCAUUGGAGUUUGAGAAGGAUGAGUGAAACAGAAUCACAUGGCAUAACAGAUGCGGUCAGUUCUGCAAUAAAAAAUAUAUAUAUUAUGAUGAAGGUCAUUGCAAUACAUCACAGCAUCAUUUAUCCAGGGUAGGAGACUGACACAGCAUACUCAUUCUCACCCAUUUCAUUUCUUUAUAGAUUAAUAAUGAUUUUGUAUAAUGAUAUGAUAACAUCUUGCCUUUAUAUAGUGUCUUGCAAGGAUCUCAUAGGUCUUAACAAUG